CUUGUACCUCGACUUGUAAACACAGCAGCUUUCCUUCUAUAUAGAUUCUUCGUAAGUUCGUUGAUCACGUACGACAAAUGGCUGGUUAAAAUAUACGAACAAAAAAAAAAAAGAAAAAAGAAACAACGAAGGACUAUUUAGACGAACCUGUUUUGUAGGCGAGGCCACAUGGCAAAUCAUAUCGUCUAUGCAAAAGAUGGCGGCGACGAAUGAUAGUAAGUCAAAGAGCGGCAGGAAACUAACGAAAGAAAGUAUAGAUUUUUAUCAUCUUGCUGUGCAUUUCUUAAGUAUUGCUUUUGGGUUUCUACACCGGUGGCAUGUAUCAACGCUUUUUGAAAAUGAUCGACACUUUUCUCAUUUGUCGGAGAUGGAGAGAGAAAUGUCGUUUAAGACUGAAAUGGGAAUGUAUUAUUCUUACUAUAAAACCAUCGUAGAAGCUGAAACGUUUGCCGAUGGUGUGAAGAAGCUUGGCAAGGAUGAUAUAUCGGAGUAUGGAAAUAUUAUAAACGCAUACAGGAAAUACAACCUCUUACCCGAGAUUAUAGCCAGUUAUCUCUAUCAUAGUGUUAGAAAUCUUGGAUUAAUACCACAAGGAGAAUGUUGGGAAACAGAGAGAGGACAUGGUUUGUCAUCGGUGACAAGUUGCAUAGGCUUAGAUGUACCUGUAUAUUUUUAUCUCGAGAUGGUUUGGAUUACUACUAUAUAUACGGCAGCUAUACUUUUUAAGUACUCGACAUACAUGAGCAAUUCAGUGUUUGGUGGUUUUAUCACUAUGCUCUUGUUCUUUUACAAUCAUAAUGAAUGUACUCGUGUUCAGUGGACUCCACCACUAAGAGAAACCUUUGCAUAUCCAAUGUUACUCUUCCAAAUGUAUUCGGUGACUAAGAUAAUUGAAAAGUACGCUACAGAAGAUAUACAAAAAGUAAAACGUUGGAGAAUACUCACAGAUGGAUUAUACAUGAAUAUGCUUUUGGGAACUGUGAGCAGUUUGUGUAGUUGGCAACUUUCACAUUUUAUCUUGACUACUCAAAUAGUAGCCCUUCUUAUCCUUAAAUGGGUUGAAAUUAUACCUAAAAAUCUAUUCUUAUCAUUAUCUAGAAUGUAUACCAUUUCGAGCAUUUUAUCGAUGAUUAUAAUAGAUGGCACAUUAUUACUUCAUUCUUUAUUCUCAUGUAUUUUAAUCGGUAGUAAUUUCGCAGAAGCUAUUGUCCGUAAACUUUCCCGUUUCUUGAACGGCAGGAAAGAAGUUAUUCUUGAGAUAAUUAUUACUAUAUUUCUUACGAAAUGCUUGAAAUCAUACAUUUUCAGCAUUGAAGACGAUGCACACGUUUACAAUAUUUUAAGAUCAAAAUUAACAGGCUAUAAGGAUUUUCAUACAAUGCUUUAUACGUGUUCUCCAGAGUUUGAUUUCUUACAAUAUAAAACUUAUGAAGCAAUCAUCAAGACUCUACUUUUGCCAAUUGCUAUACUCUCAGGGAUAUUAGCACUUUAUUGUUGGUAUAGAGAAUAUGAGAACGAAGGAUAUCCUUAUUGUAUAGAAGCAAACGUAUGUUACAAUGGUCUGCAAACUGGAGCUUUCAUUAUUAUGGCUGGGUUCAUCAUGAGAUUAAAACUUUUCAUGACGCCACAUCUUUGCAUAAUAGCAGGAUUAGUGUGUAAUAAAAGAUAUUCUGAAAAACUUGGAUUAAGAAGUAAAGCAAUAAGGGGUGCCGUACUUAUUUUGUUAAUAGCUGGUAUGUCAUAUCACGGUAUGGAAAGAUUGCAGGAAGAACGAGGAUUAAUAGGUGAAUAUAGUGAUAUCGAACAGGAAGAAUUAUUCGAAUGGAUAAAAGAGAAUACUCCCAAAAACGCUGUAUUUGCUGGUAAAAUGUCACUGAUGGCUAACUUGAUGUUAUCAACUGGAAGACCCAUAGUAAACAAUCCUUAUUACGAAAGCGCGGAAAUGCGAAAUCGAACUAUGAGAGUCUACGAAAUCUUUAGUAGAAAGGACGCAGCUUCGGUAUACGUUACGUUAAGAAGCAUGGAUGUUGGUUAUGUCGUAUUAGAAGAGCCAUUAUGUCUUGGAUAUGCAAAUGUGCCACAAGGUUGUCAAAUGAUUGAUUUAUGGGAUAUGGUUGAUAGUGGAACAGCGAAAACAAAGGGAAAGCUACCUCUGUGUCCAUUAUUAUUCGAAGGGAACGCUUAUCCUUUUAGACGAGCUUUUAUGAAUAAUCAUUACGUAGUUUUACAAUUAGUUUAUUCGCAUUAUUUCGAGUACAAUCCAAAGACUUCCAUGCCGCUCCAGUAUCAAUUUUGAAUACUGUGUUCGAUGAGAUGACUGAUAAGCGAUUAAAUGAUAGAUAGGGAUUCUUCGUAAUAUAAUAAUAUCUUAUAUAGGCCUAUUUUUCUGAAGAAAAAAGAAAGGAAACAAAAGUAAAGAAAGAAAAAGAGUUAUAUAAAUGAGUAUAUUAUAUGAAUCUAUCUCUCUCUAUAUAUAUAUAUAUAUAUACACAUAUAUAUAUAUGUAUAUAUAAAUAUAUACAUAUAUAUAUAUACACACAUACGCAUAUAUAUGUACAUAUAUUUUUUGUUGACACUAAUUUGCGGAGAAAAGAAUCGAAGAAUCGUUAUUUGAAAGAGGUGGACUUCUUUUGCAUCCGCAUAAGAUCAUCCUAACGAAAUUUCGUUUAAAUCGAGUUAGGAAACAAAUUUAUUUGGUAGACGAUAAUUCGUUUGAUGAAAUUCAAUAUCUACAUAGAUAAACGAAUUUAUCGCUAGCGGUUAUGGCUUCCGAUUGAUCGUGGAGACUAUUAAAGAGCAUUUUUAUAAAGAAAAAGAAGGAAAAAAAAACACUAAUAAAAAAGAAAAAGAAAAUAAACGAAGGUUUAGAUCGA